AAGAAGCAAUUGUAAUUUUAGUUUAACAAAUAUAUGCUUCUUUAUCAAUAAAUUGGAAGACUCGACUAUUAAUUAUCUUUGCUACUAAUACUUCGAAAUGCAGCGUGUUCAACAGAGAUAAUAAAAUUAUAAUGGUUGACGUAGCUAAAUAAAAUAUUGACAUGCAGCAUAAACUAGAGUAUUGUAAAAUCAGUGAUGUCCGAUAAGUCAAAGCGAGAAUAUUUUUUUUGAGCUAACCGGUGUAUUGAAUUGAAAGUAAACAUUAAUUUGCAACCAUCAUAUUAGUGUUUCAAAUAUAAUACACAUAUAGAUAGGCACCAAAAGAAUAAAAUUGUUGUAUUGAAAUUAAGUAAUUUUAAAAACCUUCCCUAAUAAUAAAUCCAGUAAAUAUACAUAAUUAUAACAUAUAAUUUCUCGGCAGCUAUUUAAAAAGAAGUAGUUAGUGAAUACAAAUAUGUUUUUAUACGUAAUUACUUAACUUAAUGUUGAAGAUUUGUUGUGGUUAUUACACUCAUAGACUUUAAUCGACCUUAAUGAAAGUGUAGAAAAAAUGCACCUGAAACUAAAUAAUAAAAACUUUAUCCUAUAUUAUAAGAGUCUAACCGGAUUCAUUCUUUGUUUUGGAGUGGUCUAUAGUAAUUAACAUUGGGAGAAACGAAACUGUUGAAUAUCACAAAAUACAAGAAAGUAGGAGACAAAAAUGUUGAACUCAAAAACAAUGACUCGUCAAAUUGCAAAAGAAUAUCGCAUGUGGCGUAAAAUAAGCAGCUAUAACAAGAGCAAUGGGAGUAUGGCUAAAUUUCCAUCAACCCAAUUUAAAUUACAACGUGCAUUAAUCAUUACCAAGUUUUCACGAUAUGAAUUCGAACAGAUGCGCUAUCCACAGCUCAGCCGAGAACAAUUGGAGAAGAAGUUGCGCGAUCGUGGCACUGACUUUGAAAUGCUUAUGUACCUACAUAAUUUACAUAAGGACUUUGAAAGAAAUGUGGUGCAAAGUUUUCUUAAUGUGGGCUGUGAAGUGAAGGUGGCUAAUAGAAGCUCUCUAAGCAAAGAGAUCAUGAAAUGGGCUGAUUUGAUUGUACCGGUAGGCGGUGAUGGAACGUUUUUGCUAGCAGCGGGACGGGCAAGUCCACUUUUUGCUCAAAGUCAACAGAAAACACCAAUUGUUGGCUUUAAUUCAGAUCCCCAACGAUCAGAAGGACGAUUAAUGUUGCCAAAACAUUAUACAGAAAAUACAGCAGAUGCGGUAUCCAAAAUAAAGAGCGGUGAUUUUCAAUGGAUGUAUCGAACUCGCAUCCGUACUUCUAUAUUAGGCAGUAAUGGCAAAAUACCCGAAUCCACCGACUUAUAUCGACACACAGUAACCAAAAUGGAGCAAGAGAAAACAGAACCAGAAUAUUUGAGCAAAGCUUGGUCGUUACGUUAUAAGGCCAAAAUGAAAAGAGUUUUGCCAUAUUUGGCGCUAAACGAGGUGUUCAUUGGGGAGCAACUUUCGGCGCGUGUAUCCCAUUUGCAAUUAGUUAUCAAUCACGAGAACAUAGAUAAUAAAACAAAAUGUUCGGGGUUAUGUGUAAGCACUGGCACAGGAUCAACUUCAUGGCACACAAGCAUAAAUCGCAUUACAUCCCAACAAGUAGAGGACCUAUUAAGCAUAUUACCAAUUCCUGACCCCGUCUAUGCUAAACCAAAGCCAGUUUUUGAUUCAGACGAAAUCGCUACUCAGUACAAUCAAAAUUUACGUUUCAGUCCAGAUGAUCCACGCUUGUGUUAUUCGAUCCGUGAGCAAAUAUGUGUGGGAGUUUGGCCUAGUCCAAGGAACUUCAAAGCACGCAAAUUUGUAAACAGCUUAUUUGUGAAGUCCCGUUGUAUUGAUGCGAAUCUUGUUAUUGAUGGUAGCAUAUCAUAUCCAUUCAAUGACGGGGCGAAGGCGUUGUUGGAAGUAUACCCAGAAGAUUCAUUACUUACCAUAUCCUUGGAUUAAAUCGAAAUUUAUAUUUUUUAGCAUAAAGCAUAAAUAUUAUGAUGUUGAAUAACAUUGUAUAUAUGUACGUAUGUAAAACUAUAAUUAUACAAAUGUGUAUGUAUGUAGAUUAUUAGAUAAUAGAUUUAAGCGCAUAUCUACUAUGAAUGUAAAGUGUGUCUGCCUAGUGCAUAUUCAGUUAUUUAUAUUGUUGAAAAUAAACAAAUAAAUUUGCAUAUACAGAUAUUAAUUUUAUAUAUAUCUUGUACACGAAAA